AUGGAUGAGGCAUGGAAGAACCUGAUUCUGAAUCUUGACUUGACCCAGCCAACGCGUCGCUAUCGGAAUUGGCUCCUUGUUCACCGCGUAGACUCCGUGCUGAGCAUCCAGGUCUUCUGUGCCGUGAAUGACCCGAGAGAUGUAAUGAAAGAGGUCUGGAAACUCUGGAAACUGCUCAAGCCUGGAAGCAAGUUUGUGUCUGGGACAUGGGCGAGGCGAGCUUUAUCCAAAAGAAAGGGUAUCAUCACGCUGACAGAAGCUCUGGGCCGAGACAUGGUUAAUAUCUGCUGUCCAUACUGCCUCCUUGCUGCUGCAUUUAUUUCCAAAACUGACUAUGUCACCCGGUGA